AUGGUCUUUCUUUCUUUCUUUCUUUCUUUCUUUCUUUUUUUUUUUUUCCUUCCUUCCUUUAUUUCUUUCUUCCUUUCUUUAUUUCUUCCUUCCUUUCUUUAUUUCUUCCUUCCUUUCUUUCUUUCUUUCUUUCUUUCUUUCGUUCGUUCGUUCGUUCUUUCUUUCUUUCACUUAUUCUGUUGUCUUUUGCAGUCUGUCUUUUUGCUGUCACAUUGUCUUCUUUUGCAGGCGACAAUAUAUUCUGUCGUCUUUUGCAGGCGACAAUAUAUUCUGUCUUUUUUUGCAGUCGGCAACACAUUGUCUUCUUUUGCAGGCGACAAUAUAUUCUCUUUGCUCUCUCUCUCCUCUCUCUCUCUCUCUCUCCUUUUAAAUUUUAAAUAUAUUUUUUUUUGCUCAUCACAUUUUCUUUUCAUUCUCUUUUUUUAUUUUGAUCUUUUUUUUUUUCCCCUCUCUCUCUAUUUUAUUGGCCUUUUCUUUCUCUUAAUCACAUUUUGCUUUUUUCGCUCUGUUUUUUAUUUAGCAUUCUGCUUCGCUCUGUUUUCUCUCUCUUUUUUAUUGGCCUUUCUUUCUCUCAUCACAUUUUUGCUUUCAUUCUGCUCUGUUUUUUGCAUAGCAUUCUGCUUUUCUCUAAAAUUUUCCCCUUCUCUCUUUCUUUUCUAUUUUAUUGGCCUUUCUUUCUCUCAUCACAUUUUGCUUUCAUUCGCUCUGUUUUUAUUUAGCAUUCUGCUCUCGCUCUCUCUUUCUCUCCCCCUCUCUCUCUCUCUAUUUUAUUGGCCUUUCUUUCUCUCAUCACAUUUUCAUUCUGCUCUCGCUCUCUCUUUCUCUCCCCCUCUCUCUCUCUCUAUUUUAUUGGCCUUUCUUUCUCUCAUCACAUUUUGCUUUCAUUCGCUCUGUUUUUAUUUAGCAUUCUGCUCUCUUCUCUCUCUCUCUCUCUCUCUUUUUAUUGGCCUUUUUUUCUCUCAUCAUUCAUUUUUGUUUCAUUCAUUGUUUUUAUUUAGCAUUCUCCUCAUCACUCUAUUUUUGUCUUUCUCUAUUUUAUUGCUUUCUUUCUUUUAUUUUAAAAGCAUUCUGUUUUUAUUUAGUAUUUCCUCGCUUCUCUUUCUCUUUUUAUUCUCUCUUAUUUUAUUGGCCUUUCUUUCUCUCAUCACAUUUUGCUUUCAUUCGCUCUGUUUUUAUUUAGCAUUCUGCUCUCGCUCUCUCUUUCUCUUUCUCUCUCUCUCUCUAUUUUAUUGGCCUUUUUUCUCUCAUCAUAUUUUUUUCAUUCACUCUGUUUUUAUUUAG